GCGAGCAUUUUGUAAACACACUGAGGUCUUUGGAUCUGGCUUCAUUAGUUAAAGCUACAAUGUCCGAGGAAUCUGAAAACCAGGCUAUAUCCCUAUCUUUCAGCGAGCUGCAAGCUAUAGACCAGGAGGAUAUCAUCUUGCUAGUCGACGUGGACUCGGCUGUAAAUAUCUCCAAAGCAUGUAUCGCCAAUGAUUCCGCCGAUCGUGUAGAAGUCUUGACGUUGUGGUUUAGUAAAUUAUUAAGGGCGUACCUUGAUGAAUCGGUGUGCUGCUUCCAAGCGGUUAAGUCAAUGUGCGAUUGGUUUUUUCAUGUAUCAAACAAUUCUUACGGAGUAAACAGCGAUCAAACAAAACUUUUCAACGAGGUUCUAGCAUUCUUAACCGCAUACAGGAAUCAUUUGCUGAAAGCAGGCGAACGUCUCGUUCAUUGGUUUGCCAAUCUUCUGUUAUUCAUGAUUGACUUUCUCGAGGAAGAAGGCAAAGAAAGUGAGCAUCAGGUUCGUGUAGGUAUUCAUUUUGAAGUGCUUUCCCUGCUAAAGAAGAAUACCAGUGAAUCAAAAACAUUCCAACCUCGCAUCACGCCCUUGAUGCAGACAAUAAUGCAACACGCCGAGUCCGCAAGAAAUAACUUUCGGGAUCUGGAGUUACCGGUCAAAUCAAGCGACACUAUUACUUACAUGUGCGUUCACUACAUGUCGUGCGUUAAUCUCAAGGACGAACCAAUGCCCCAAUGGCUUAAGGAAACGAUUUUGCAUCUAUGCAAAAUGGUUUUCGGUUACUUGGAGGAUCUUUACAAAAACGGCCUACUUACUGUUCCCGAGGAAAAGUUAAAAGAGUUUAUGAAAGUUAUGCGCGCAUAUUUCUUAAUGUUGCAGCAGAUUUUCAGAAAUGGUUUAAUGCAGGUUGACCGAAAUGUGGCUGUUUGUAUUAUGGAUUUAUUUAUGUGUGACGAAACUACGCCUUCACAUUAUUCUGAAGAAUAUAUUCAACAGCUUAUAUCUACGUAUGUUAGACCAUAUAUAAUGGAACUUUAUGAGCUGAUUUAUUCAUUCGAAGAAUGUCAAGAGUAUUUAUUAUUUAGUAUUUUUGGCCCACCAGAAGAGGAUUACUUCGAUGUUUGCUUAGAUUUUGUAACUGCUGUAUCUACAGACGACGCUGAUGUUCUCCCAAAAACAUGUCAAACACUGCAGAAAAUCUUUGAAUAUUUGUUUAAAGAUGCCACAAACUUUGUCAAUGCCGAGCGCUAUGAACGAGUUAUGGAUGCUUUUGGUAGUCUACUCUACUUGGUCCCCAUCAAAGAACUACAUAGCUAUUUUUGUGCUGGCUUAUUUCAAAAGGAUAUUAUCACGUCCCAAGUGUGUGCUGAUAUACUCAUGUUGUGUUUUCGGCUAAAAGAGGAAAAUAAGUGUUGGACUCCUAUUGAUAUAGAACAGGCUAUAGUGUUCUGGAAUAAGUGCAACAACUCUUAUUGCAUGUUUUCAAAAAAUCCAAGCCAAUGGCAUGUGCAGCGUUUCCUUAAGUAUUUUCACUGCCUGGGAAAGCAGGGGCUUCCUGCUUUGAGCAUUCGGAACUUUCGUCACCUCUUGGCAGUUAUUACUGAAGAUAAACAAAUAGGAAUACAAUUGUUAAACCGCUUAGAUCAUGUCUCAUCUGCGGCCCCCACACAAGUUAAGGACUACUAUGAAAUGGUUGCUAUGCUAGAACUUUUAGUGAAAAACAGACACACAGACUGUUCCCAGUGGUUUCAGCGUUCUUCAGACAUGUCCAAGAAAGUGAUGAGUAUUGCCAACAGUACGACCUUCACUAGUGCAUACUUUAAGCUGCUGGCUUUUGCUAAUAAACCCACCCAGUUGCUGAUAUUACGGGGACUGGCUUCAGGAAAUGGGUGUACAAACUGGCAUCGACAGAGAUUUAUUGACGCUUGCAAAGUCAGCGAUGAUGCCCAACUAAAAGCAUUUAGUGCACGCCACUUAAUCGAUGCUGAUGCUCAGCUUUUACUUGAGACUAUGCGAGGAAAACCCAAAACUUCAGAUACAUCAGUAGAUGGUUUAUUUGAUGUCAGUAAAUCGAGCUACACACGCAAUUCGGAACACAAGUGCUUAGUUUCUAGCCUGAAACGUAAGCGGAAUGAAAUACCUCCCAAGCAAAUCCUACUUGACAUUUAUGAGGGGUCUCUUCAAUUAAGCCAGAGCACUGAUGAUUUUGAUGCUGCCGAUUGGGAUCUUCACAAAAAAGUGUUGGCUAACUUGAGUAGUAUUUUACCAAGAUCUUAA